AUGAUAUGCAGGGGAUUGGAACACUUGAAUCACAUGAUAUGGAGGGGAUUGGAACACCUGAAUCACAUGAUAUAGAGGGGAUUGGAACACCUGAAUCACAUGAUAUGAAAGGGAUUGGAACACCUGAAUCACAUGAUACGGAGGGGAUUGGGAAACCUGAAUCACAUGAUAUGGAAGGGAUUGGAACACCUGAAUCACAUGAUACGGAGGGGAUUGGGAAACCUGAAUCACAUGAUGUGGAGGGGAUUAGGACACCUGAAUCACAUGACAUGGAGGGGAUUGGGACACCUGAAUCACAUGAUAUGGAGGGGAUUGGAACACCUGAAUCACAUGAUUGGGAGGGGAUUGGAACAUCUGAAUCACAUGAUUGGGAGGGGAUUGGAACACCUGAAUCACAUGAUUGGGAGGGGAUUGGGACACCUGAAUCACAUGAUAUGGAGGGGAUUGGAACACCUGAAUCACAUGAUUGGGAGGGGAUUGGAACACCUGAAUCACAUGAUAUGGAGGAGAUUGGAACACCUGAAUCACAUGAUUGGGAGGGG